AUGACGUCUUCCGACGUGCGAGACGUCCUUAACCUCCCCGAUAGUCACGCGGCCCCCCGACCGGCGAAAAAACAAAAGACAUCCGGCCCGCGCCCGAACCUCAAGGGUCUCGCCCGCGAGGUCCAGAAUCUGGGCGGCGACAAUCCGAUCGCCAUCGUCCCUGAGGUCUCGAUCUUCAAAAAGCGGCGGUUUGCGAGCAGGAAGCCGGCGACGAAGUGGGAACUCAAGCCCUUCACCAACUCUGCACGGGGCGAUAGUGGCGCAUUGGUGCUUAAACACUGGAAGCGCAAGACACCAACGGCGACAGAGAAUGGGCAGCAAGGCGGCGACGCCGAGAUGAAGGAUGCAGAGGGGGAUCAGGCUCCGACGAGGCCUGAGAACUCAAUGUUUGCGAAAUUCAACGUGGAGGUGGAUGUGCCGCAGUACAGCGAAGACCAGUACCGGACGAACCUGCAGAACGACGACUGGAGCAAGGAGGAGACAGAUUAUCUGCUAGGGUUGGUGAAGGACUUUGACCUGCGGUGGCCGAUCAUAUGGGACCGAUAUGACUACUUGCCGGAGGCGAUCAACGGAGAGGCGUCGGCAGACGGGGACGAGAGUAAGGCCAUCAUCCCUGUGCCGAAACCAAGGACGAUGGAGGACCUCAAAGCGCGCUACUACGAUGUUGCGGCAAAGAUGAUGGCGGUUCAGAAGCCCGUUCAGUACAUGACACAACCCGAAUACACCCUCCACGAGCUCAUGGCCAACUUCAACGCCAACCAAGAGAAGCAGCGCAAGGACUUUGCCAACAACGCGCUGACCCGAAGCAAGGAGGAAGCCAAGGAGGAGGAAUCCUUACUGCUAGAGAUCAAGCGCAUUCUCGCACGUAGUGAUCGUUUCAACGAGGACCGCCGCGAGCUGUACAAUCGCCUGGACUACCCACACACCGACCAAGAUAUCAGCGCGUUCAAGUCCAGCGCUGGUUUGCAAACUCUACUGCAGAAUCUGAUGAACGCCGACAAGUCUAAAAAGCGAAAAUCGCUGAUGGCAGCAGACGGCGUCAGCCCCUCCGCGCCUGCGGGUCAACAGCCUGCGGCUGCAGCGGCGGCCGUGGCCGCGUCAUCGGACAACAACGCCAACCGCCGCGAGAGCAUCGCUGCUGCGGCGGCCGCCACGCCGGCGGAGAAAAUACACAAGGAACCUGCCAGCAGCGUCGCGCAGACACCGACGGCGCCGGCCGGCGGAAAGAAGGGCCAGCAGCAGCAGGAACGCCGCAAGCUCUCCGAGGCCGAGAUGCACGUCUACGGUGUCACGCACCACGACCGCCUGUCCAGCGGACCGACGUUCCGCUACGAAAAGAUUAACAAACUUUUUACGCACAAGUCGAACCAGCAGCAGCUGCGAAUCAUGAACACUCUCAACGAGCUAGACAUUCCGCCGCGGCUGGUCAUGCCCACGGCACCGGUUACAGCCCAAUACGAGCUCCUGCUUGGUGCCGUCAACAGUCUGCUCGAUGCUAGAAAGGUCACGGACAAGAUUGACGCCGAGAUCAAGCUCGAGCUGGCCAAGAAGGCGGAGCGGGAGAAGGCGAAUCAGCCAGAACCGGUCCCGGCUACUGAGAAGGAGGGCCAAGGCCAAGGCCAGUCAACGGAAGAGAAGAAGGACAAAGCCGCAGAGGGCAAGGGCGAGGCAAACGCAGAACCCUCCGCAGCCGCGGAGCCCGCCAAGGCUGACGUACCCAAAACAAACGGGGAAGCGGCCGGCGCGGAGGCGACUCCCGCUGCGGAAGGGGACAAGGCUGCUGCUUCUGCUGCUGCUGUGCCGGCCGCGACGGAAGAGGGGAAGGGUGACGCCGAGAAGGAAAAGUCGAUGGGGCGCCCGGGCAGUAGUGGGGCGUCACACAAACGGAGCGCGAGCGUCAUGAGCGCCGGAGGCGAGGAAAAGAACGCCAAGAGACAGAAGAAGUGA